GUGUGUAGUGACUGCAGGUGUCUUGGUGACUGGACGGGCGGAGCAGCGGCGGACGAUCAACGGGAGAGAUUUCACAUGAAUCGGCAGCCUCACCGGCGAGGUGUCAGCCCCUAAUGAAGCCCGGAGAGUGGUCGUCUCGUCCGGUUGUGACAGUUUAAAGUGCACAGAGCUCCGGGGCCCGGUAAUCCUGGACGGUAAAACCUGAUGAAGCUCACCAGAGAUAUCUGCCGGCUGCUGGGUUUAGGAGGCGGUGAGGAGGAGAUGGAGGUUCAGGAAGGAGCUGAACAGACAGACAGAAGAAAAGACCAAGGCUCAUCACAGCUGAAGCCAAUGCUGAACUGCCUUGAUGCAGUAUCAUUAAUGGCCACUAGAUGCUGGGCUUCAUGGGACUCCAUUCAAAAGGCGAUGCUGAACAGCGAGGAGGGUUUGGAAGAUGAGGAGAGAACAAGAAGGAGAGCGGAGAGGAGGAGAGCGAAAAGGAAAAGGCAGAAAGAACGAAAGAAACUAGAGAGAGAGGAGAGGAUGGAGGAUGCUUCAGAGCAGGAAGAGGAAGUGGCUGGAGCGGUGUCAGACAGUGACAGUGAGGAGGAACUGAAAGAGGAGGAGGAGGAGAAGGAGGAGAAGGAGGAAUGGACCCCCGUUCGGCCCAGAAACAAAUUCAACCCUGAAUCAGUCCCUGCUCUUGUGACGACAGAGAACAAAAGCAACCGCCAGCUGCCCCACAGAACCUCCGAGGAGAACAUGAAUGAAGCUGAAGUACACCACACUUUCCUUGGACCAAGGAAAGAGGACCAAGACCUCUAUUUUAAGGAGCCGGAGUGGGACGUCAGCAGUGCAUUUGUGGCCAAAGCUGCCAGCCACAUCAAACUCAAAGCCCCGAAGAACAGAGCAACACAGAUCUCCAGAGAGAACAAGGAGAAUGAGACCAGGAGCAGCCAGGUGGAGAACAAAAUGAAGAGGAGGGGGGAAUCUCUUACAGUGCAGGGAAUUCAGAUGUUCGAGCAAGGCCAGUACAGCCAGGCAGUGGACAUGUUUACAAAAGCCAUCGACUGCGACCCCAAUGACCACAGGUUUUAUGGGAAUCGAUCUUACUGUUAUUGGUGUCUGGAGCAGUACGGCCCUGCCCUAACAGACGCUCAGAGGUCCAUUCAGCUGGCUCCUGAUUGGCCGAAGGGAUACUUCCGUAAAGGGUGUGCUCUGAUGGGGUUAAAGCGGUACAGUGAGGCAGAGAAGGCCAUAGAGCAGGUUUUGAAGUUGGAUCCGCACUGUAAGGAAGCAUGCAGUAAACUUAAUACCUGCCGGGUCCUGCAGCUCAUGGUGUUGGGCUUUGAGGAAGAGCAGAGUAAACUGCUGCUGGAGAAGUUCACCACUGUUCAGGCGGUCCUCUUGUCACCGGAAGCCAAAACACUGAAGCACACAUCUGAGCUGGACCGGAGUGGGAGCUGUCGCUCUUUGUGGGUUGGGAACAUUACAUUGGAAGUUACAGAGAAAGACCUCUGGGAUCUCUUCAAAAUGUUUGGUGAGAUAGAGAGCAUCAGAGUUCUUCAUGAGCGUUUCUGUGCCUUCGUCAACUUCAAGAAUGCCAACAUGGCUGCCAGAGCCCUGGAGAAGCUGCAGGGGGUGGAGCUGGGGAGCAGCAAGCUGGUGAUGAGGUAUCCAGACCGCUGGGUCCAGCGGACCCUGCCCACCAUACAAAGAACCAACACCAGCAUCGGCUCCACUGCUGCUGCAACACAGCAGAGCUCAGCUGCCGCAGGGCCCAGACGGUGUGUACCCAUAGAUGGCGACAAGUGCUUCUACUGGCGGACCACGGGCUGUUUCUAUGGCGACAAGUGCCGCUUCAAACACAUACCAGACCAACAAGGCCGAGACAAGAAACCAUGACCACCCUAACUGUGUACCCCUACGCUCCCGAGCACAGCACGAAGGCACAAACGGAAGGAUUUACAAAGUAGGAACAGGAACGGGGACAGCGAGAACAGCACUGAGAGCUGAAUGUGUGUCUGAGAAAGAGAGUCAGAUAUGGUGUCUGUGGAUAGCCAAAGUCAGGGGUUGUGACUCUGAUAUAAUGAGGAAUUUCAACCUCAGAGAGACGCUUUAAUAAUAAAUUCAUAACGUUAGGAGGUCCUCAAGGGAAUUUAAUUUAUUGGAAGCUUCACUGAGGAGUUCCUUCGCUCCAUAUGGAUCCUGGAAGACCCUGACAAACACUUGGAUAUUCCUGCUCUGUGGGAAGUAUGUAAUCAUUGCAAGGAUUUGCUUGGACAAAUAGGUUUGGUUGAACCAUGUUGAAAACUCUACCAAAACCCAGUUCUGUGACAAACUUUCUCUUUACUGUUGCAUUGCCUUAAAUUCAAGACUUAUUUUCAUAUCUUUCAAAAAGAGAUAAAAACAAUAAAUCAAUGAAACUACA